AUGUCGAUAGAACCCGAAAAUGAAACAGAUGAAUAUAGAAACGAUAUAUUAAUGGAACCUACAAACGAAAUUGAUCAAUCCAUAAACAAAAUGUCUAUAGAACAAGAUGACGAAAUUCAUCAUCAUCAUCAACAUACAAAUAUUCCUUCUAAGAAACCUUAUUUCGCUAUUCUAUUAGCAGCUUUUUCUUCAUUAGGUGGAUGGUUUUUUGGUUAUGAUCAAGGUGUUACAGGUGGUAUCGUUGUUAUGAGUUCAUUUAAAAAUGACUUUUGUAUUGAUGUAUAUGGUAAUGCCACUGAAUGUAAUCUUCCAAUAUCUGAUUUACCAUCUGGAUAUCGACAAUUUUUAGUACUUUUUACAUUAUUAUAUAAUGUUGGAUGUUUUCUUGGUGCUGUAUUUAUAUCUUCAUUUGUAGCAGAAAGAUUUGGACGUCGUGCAAUUAUUUUUACAGCAUCAGUUUUAUUUCUAAGUGGUACAUCAAUGGUUAUAUUUCCACCUGGAAAAUCUAAAGGUAUCAUGAUUUUAAUACUUAUUGGACGAAUUGUUGAAGGAACAGGUGUUGGUUGUUCAUCAUUUUCUUGUCCACUUUAUGCUUCCGAAAUUGCUCCAACAAAUAUUCGUGGAAUGCUUUCAGGUUUUAUGCAAAUGACUGUUGUAACUGGUUUAUUUGUUGCUAAUAUGGUUAAUCUUGGAUUAAAAGAUCAUAAAUGGGGUUGGCGUUUAGCAAAUGGAGUUAUUUUAAUUGCACCAAUUAUAAUUAUGACUGGAAUAUUUUUUUGUCCUGAAAGUCCUCGUUGGUUAUUUAGAAGAAAAGGUCGUGAUGCAGCAGAAAAAAGUUUAAAACGUAUUCGUAAAAGCGACGAUGUUAAUGCUGAAUUAGAUGCUAUUGAUGAUGCUAUAAAAUUAGAAGGUAAUCAAGUUUCACUUAAAGAAUUAUUUACAACAAAAAAAAUGCUUCAACGACUUGGUAUUGGUGUUGGAAUACAUAUCUUACAACAAGCAACAGGUAUCAAUCCUAUAUUUACAUUUGGUGGAAUUAUUUAUGAAAAUAUUCUUGGAAAAGGUAUUAUAUCAUUAAUUGUUUUAUCUGGUACAAAUUUAUUAAGUACAAUACCUGCAUUAUUCUUAUUUGAUAGACUUGGAAGACGUAAACUUCUUAUAUUUGCUGGUUUAGCUAUGUCACUUGCUCAUAUUGUAGCAGCGACAGUAUUUGUAACAGGUUGUACAACAUCAUCUAACAAUGUUGUCACUUGUCAAACAAGUUCUGGUAUAACAAUGCUUGUUGCAACAGCUAUUUUUGUAGCUUUUUUUGCAAUUUCAUGGGGUCCAAUUGCUUGGAUUUAUGCAGCUGAAAUUUUUCCUCUUAAUGUUCGAGCAAGAGCUGUUUCGAUAACAACAGGAAGUAAUUGGUUUAUGGGUACAAUUAUGUCUUAUAUUUUAGAAUUAAUAACUCCAUUAGGUUAUCAUGGUGUAUUUUAUCUUUUCAGUGGUUUAACUUUAUUAGCUGUUGUAUUUGUAUAUCUUUUUUGUCCUGAAACGCGUGGAGUUAUGUUGGAAGAUAUCGAUGAAGAAUUUGCUAAUUUUAAAUUGAAAAAUCGAACAAUUGUAAAAAUAUUACGAAAACCAUGUCAGAGAAAUGGAAAAAGAACGGCUACAGUCGAUGUCAUUGGAACAAAUGAUGACCUACGUUACUAA